UGUUAAACGUUGAUCUCUACGGCUUAGAGACAGUGGCACUGAGGAAAAGACAGGAGGCAGAGCUAAAGGUAGCAUAGAUGAAGAUGUUGAGGUUCUCUUUUGGAGUGAUAAGGAUGGAUAGGAUCAAGAAUGAGUUCAUCAGGGGGACAACCCACGUUACAUGUUUUGGAGAUAAAGUCAGAGAGGCCAGAUUGAGGUGGUUUGGACAUGUUCAGAGGAGAGAUGUUGAAUAUAUCAGUAGGAGGAUGCUCAAAGGAUAAGGUUCAAACUGGCAGGCAGGAGGUCUAGAGGAAGGCCAAAGAGGAGAUUUAUGGAUGCAGUGAGAGAGGACUUGACGUUAGUUGGUGUGAGAGAAGAGGAUGCAGAGGAAAGGAUUAGAUGGAGGCAGAUGAUUCGCUGUGGCGACCUCUGAAAGGGAACAGCCGAAAGAAAAAGAAGAAGACGUUUCCCCCUUUAGAGAAUUUUGAAUGUGAAGAGAUAGUUGAUGAGAAAGUCAGGAUGAGAACUUCAGAGAACCUGGAGCCCUUUCUAAAGGACAGGCCGAAGCCUGACAUCCUUCUGGAUCUCCGAUUAGAGGCCCUGAAAGCUUCACAUCGAAAACAGCUUGAGAAAAUCAAGCUGCAACACCAGGCUGGUCUAGAGAGCCGGACCCUACAGAACUACUUGCUCUCGAAAGGCUUUAACACUCAACAAAAAACCAACAGUAAACAGAGAGAUCCCCAUUGUGAUGAAAGCAACACCAAAAACAAAGGAAGUUUUAACUGGUAUAAUAGACCACAGAGAUCAUCCUCCACACCUGACCUGAGCUCCAUGCACAAGCUUCUUAACUUUGGAACCCAGAGAUCUACAAUGACCCAUUCAGAAGAUCUUCGAAAUAAAACACAUCUCCGUGCCAAAGGGUUCAAACAAGUCACAACUGACAGAGAAGAACUGGACUGGGCUGAAUGUCACAAGCAGUUUCACGUAUCGCCUGUACCGGGUCAUGUCUGUAAGCUCCUUUAUGACGACAUUGUAAAGGAACAGGAACGUGUGAGGGAGGUGGGACGGCAGAGGAGAAAAGAGUUCCUUUUAUCUAUUCAGAGACCUUUUACGUUUCAACAUAGAGAGGAGAGAAGAAGGGACAGACUAAAGUCAGAGACCAGCGCUGAAAAACUGAGUGAAACCAAAAAGGAUGAUAGAAGUAGGAAACGCGUACCCAAACCUGCCACAGACCCAGCAAUCUCUGAACAGUUGAAAGAGAAGGAACAACAGAGGACAAUUCGCAUCCAGGCCAGAGCCCAGGAGACUCUUAGGGCGUCAUCUGCUCCCAUCCAGAGCCUAAGUAGCGCAGCCGAGAACCAGACUCGCAGCGCACAGAGAACCAAGACCAAAGCGCUUGGAUUUUUAGAGCAAAGUCCGUCUUUCCGACCAAAGACUAAUGCUAAGGUGCCAGACUUUAAUAAGUUGCACCAGGCCUUCCAGAAAAAGGCAAUGGAGAGAACAGAAAGAAGAGAGGUCACCCACUGCCAGCCAUUCCAUCUACGAACAUCAGCUCUUCAACCACGUCUUAGCAGAAGCAGCGCAGAAGAAUCACCAAAAAAUACUGAUAUGAACAUUUUGAAGAGGAGCAAUUCCUUUAGCGGCUUAACAUCAUUAUCCAGAGAUACUCUUCCAACUUACAUAACUGAUGCUGCCAGGAAAAGGUCUAUGGCCAUACGAAAGUCUUUGGAGCUGAGAGAAAGUAUGGAGCAACAAAAUGCAGGAUGGAUGAGACAACACAGAUUGAACUCUCAAGCCAUGUGCAAAGGUGUUGCAGCACGUGCCAAGGCCAUGGACCCCCACCAAAGUCUCAAAGAGGUCUUUCAGGAGAAACUUAAGCAGCACAGACAAGCUGAUCAAGAAAGGGUGAAAGAUUAUAAAAAAGAACUGAGGGAGAUGAAAUCUCGGGUCUUGGCACGUCCUUACCUCUUUGAACAGGUGUCACAGAGAAAGGCUAAAAGUGAUGCUGAGCGCAGAUACAGGAAUACUUUAGAGCACGAGGGCCUGGAUGAAAAUUUUAUAAGAACAACUGGAGAAAAUAAUGAAAGUCAGUCAUCAGAAACUACAGAAGCUGAUGGCAACAGUAAUUGUGCUGAUGACUUUGAAGAUGACAUCCAGCACAGGGAUGGAAGCAUGGACAACAGCGUCCGAAGUGAGAAUGGAACAGAAGAUGAAAGUGCGAAACCCAAAGGGAAAGGAAUUAGCUGACAGUGAGCAAGCAGUUGGUAUUUGGUUAACACAGAGUGCCAUAGUCAUAUAUAAGAACCCUGGCACAAUUCUAAAAUCAGUUGAGCUUUCAAGUCUUGUUGAAAAUGUGGUAAGCCAUGUAGAGCUCAGAGAUGUAAUUUUACUUUUUCAUGGCUUCUGUUUAAAUGUUUACAUGUCGUGUUUGUAAGUGAUGUUUAGGGGAUGAAUAUGAUUCUACUUUGACAAGAUGGAUUCUGGCUGUGCAACAUGCUUAUUAAGAUGAAAAUGUCAAAGGCAAUUUGGGACUUGUGGAUCUAAAUUUGUUGGGUGCUACAGAGAGACUCUUUCAAGUGGAAAAAUCUUCGCAAAAAGAAAAUGAA